AGGAAUUAUACUACGUAUUUUCAAAAGACUUAAAGUUAGGAGCGGGAGCUGAAGGCCAACAUUGCUGAAUCCGAUCUGUCAAAUGGUCGUCGACUGGUAGGAGUAAGAUGUACAAAAUUCGCCUUUCGAGCCAAGACUUGGGAAGAUGGGAGGGUGUAUAGGAACAGCAAGAGAAGGAUCGGGAUCCAGUAGGACUUCUUCAGGUGAAGGAUCCACCUCUCUUAGAGGUGCUGUACCUCACAUACCCCAUAUUUGGUUUAUUAAUACUGGGGGGCAAAAUCGCAACUUCCGGAAAAAUGUACCUCUCCGUCAUGAGAAGAUACGCUGGAAGUCUGAUAUGCCACUGACAGAGGGACAGGUCCGGAGCAAGCGAGAUGAAUUUUGGGACACAGCUCCGGCCUUUGAAGGGCGUCGGGAAAUUUGGGAUGCUCUCAAAGCAGCAGCGUUAGCUGUGGAGAACACAGAAUAUGAAUUAGCUCAAGCCAUCAUCGACGGGGCAAAUAUUAUGUUGCCGAACGGAACACUGACAGAUUGUUAUGAUGAGCUGGGCACCAGGUACCAAUUACCAGUAUAUUGCCUUUCAUACCCACUCAACAUUCUUCAGCGUUCCCCUGACAAAGAUGGAGAAAUUGAUGCAGGAGAAGGCAGUGUAGAAGGAGAAGAAGUGGUCCUCAAAGUUCGCCUCUCCACGACAAGCAAGGAUGUUAAAUUGACAGGAUCCACAGACACUAUUGCUACAGCUAAGAAGAAACUUGAUAUCCAAGAAGACUUGAAUGGCUGGCGCCAGCGUUGGUACUACAGUGGCAAACUUUUAGGUGACCGACUUCAUGUAUGUGAGUGCAAUAUAGUACACAACUAUGUUGUCCAGUGUAUUAUUACAGAAGAUAAUAUCACUGCUGUUGACAGUUGAGGAUUCAAGAGAAAAGAUAGGCAGCUGUUGUUAUUUUGGGGAGCUAUUUUUACUUGUGAUACUAAGUGUUUGUCAUGGAUGUUUUGAAAGUUUUUUUAAUAAGGAAUUGAUAUUUGUAGGUGGAAUGACAAACUUAUUAUUAAUAGUUUUGAGAUUUAUAGACAACCAUUUUAUAGAACGCUAUUCUUUUGUUAAGGUGACAUAGCUGAAAUUUUAUUAAUUUCAAGUCAGUAUUGAAACAGCCUUUCAUAUUUUUUCAUAUUCAAAUUUAGUGAUUUUAGUUUUACCCCAAGAUUUUGCUUUUACCCAACUUUUGCAUCGUUGCCAUUUAACAGUAUGUUGAUGCACAGAUUUGGCUAAAGUCUCCAGUAGGUUAAGUUGGUGAGAGGGUAGCUUUGAGAGCUCUUUCAUCAUACUUGACCAGCUGAAAUGAUACAAGAGUAAGUUUGUCUCGGGUGGGAUGUUAUGUACGUAUAGUGAAACCACCAUUAAAUGUAGCUAGAAUCAGCUCCUUCAGAGAAGAUGAGCAUUUCUUAUGUAGUGUUUUUCACAAUUUUAUACUGUACUCUAUGUAAGGAGUGUGACUGACUAUUUUUGUCUGUAACAUCUGUAACGGUGAUUUCUACCUAUGUUACAUGACAAAGCUGGUGGUUUUUGCAUUUUUGAUCAGCACAAAGUAAAAUUGGGCUUGGGUUUCUCAAAUGUGCAUUGAAGUUUGCAUUGUAGAACAUAGGUAUGGGACUUAUCUUAUAGUCCUGUUUAAAAGUUUCUCUAUCAACUGUUUGACGAUUUUCAUAGUGAUGGGUAACUUGAGAAAUGUUUGAUGAUUGGAGUUAAGAUAGGCUGGUGAAUGCUGUAUACUUUCGUGUAGUGUUCAAUAGUUAUGGUCAGAAGAAUUGCCACCCAUAGUCCCAUAAACAUGAUGACGAGGUGUUAAUUUUAAGGUACUAGUAGUGUUCAUAACACUAUACAGUAUAUAUAUAAUAGCCAUGUAAUGUUUUACAAGACUUUGGCAUUUAAGAUUGUGAUAACUUUUUACUUUCUGUUUCCCACACACAUCCAUGUACGUAGUGGAAUUUUAUAACCGAUGGGUACCUCAAGGAUUCUGGGAUAACUAGCAACACUUCUUUGCAUAAGAAGUUUUAAAAUUAGCAAUUAACUGAGUGUUUGCUUUAUUCUUAUUUAUUGAGACUUUGGUACCUAUUCUUGAUCCAGGAAAAUUUCAUCAUUGGUCUGGUGAGCCUUGUGAAAGGAUACUUUUGAAGCUUGGUGGUAUAGUCUAACUAAUGAAUGAUGUUACUAAUGAUUGGCGCAGGUCGAAAAACAAAAAGUAGGAGUCAAUGUUUUUGUGGAUGAAACUUUUACCUUAGUUGAUCCACUUGCAGCUACAAUUGGAAAGGGAGGCUUUUUCCAAUAAAUCAGUCAUUUGAAACAGGUGUGCAGUGGAGGACUUGAAAUUAUAUAUUCAAUUAUGUAUUUUAUCAAAAAUUUCGAAGUGAUUUUGUAGUUGGAUUCACAUGGAGUGAAUUUUACAGUAAUGGAAUUAUCUCGUGUAAUUAUAUUUUUCAGUAAUUUCAUUGUGAAUUUGUUGUCCAUUGUAGAGGAAGUUACAGUUCAAGUAAGGUUAAGCAUGGUUAUCUAUAUGCAGGUGAACUCAAGGGCAGACAGAGCAACAAAUUAGUUACAUAAAAUUAUAAUUUUUGGUCUUGGGUGGGAAAAACAUUUAAUGUCAAAGGUUUUAAGAUUCAAUUGCAAAAAUUUUUUCACUGUGAUAAUAAUGCGUAAGUCGUCUUCUACGGUAUUAUCUUAAAAAUUUUUGCCAGUAUGAUUGUUAGGUAAUAAACAUUUGUCUUUGUACAGUAAAUUUCCACUUUUACAUAUCAAAUUCUUUUGUUGGAAUAUAUGUUUUACUGUACAUGCAAUUUUUUUAAUGUUUUUAGUACCUUUAGGGGUAUGAUGUGAAUGUGAUUUGAUGUUAUAUUUUGUAAACUUUAAAAAAAAAUAGUUUCGUUUACAAAUAUCUUUGAAAUUAUAUUGGAAAAUUGAUGUUAGAGCUUCUUUAACCAUUGUCUUGCAAAGUAGACUAAGUUGCUGCCCAAAUCUUCAGUGGCCCUUGAUUGUUAAAACUAGGAUUGAAAUGUCUUUCUCUUUCUCUUGGUCAUAAGGUUUAAAACAAGCAUUCAGUGAAUCUGAGAAAAAAAUUGAGUGGGGAUAUUUUUAAUUUUGAAAAUUAUCUGAAAAUGAAAUGGCCGAAAAUAGUGGUUUGUAUUUCUGCUUGAGGGAAGACUGUGCUGGUCUGUGUGGAUUUUUGGUAGGGCAAAGUAUUUGGGUUGUAGGAUUUAGUAAUAGUAGUUUCAAAAUUAUUUUGCAUGAUUUGUAGAAUGGAUGGAAAUUAGUUUAGUUUUGUAAAUUUGCUAUUUUUAUUCAAGUUUGUGAAUUUUUAGUUUCUCGUGGGUUGUUAUUAGUAUUAAAAGCAGUUUGACUAGACCACCGAGUCACAUUUCUAGACUUCCAUAGGGCUUAUGCAAAGAACUUGUUCAUAAGUGAAAAGUGAGAUUUGCAGCAUGAGGUGAGUGUUAGUUUCGUAUUUGAUGUUCAAAGUACUGUUUUAAGAUUUCUUUUUGUAUUGGUUGGGUGUACAUUGCAAGCAUAGUCUCUUGGCAGUUGACAGCCAGUAAGGUUUGUCAGAAGACUAUCCAUCCAGUUUUUAUUUUGGCUGCAUUCUUGAAAAAGAUUCACAUACUCAUUUGAGAUACAAAAUGUCUGCAAUAUUAUGAUAAAGCUCAAACAUUUAAUUGGUUUAAGAAGUAGAAUCAGUAUAAAUUAUUGGUCAUGAUCAACUAUGUAUAUAAAUGUUUUGGAUUGGAAGCAGGAAAAAGGGAUGAGAUUGAAUAAUAGAAACCUUUAGAGGUGUUUGAAAUUUCAUUGGAAUAAUGUACUUCGAACCACAUCUAGUCUGCUGAUAUUAUUUUAUAUUUUCCAUGUACUAUACCGAUUUUCCUUUAUGUUGUGUUUUUCUGGAAAGUUUUAUAACUAGAAAGACUUUUCAAAUAAAGGAAACACAAGUAACCUUACAGUAACCAUGUUAGUUUUCCAGAUAUUGGCUGAAAAUAAUACUGUGCCUGUAUUACAAUUCUCAUUUGAAUUAUAUACCCUUGUGUGGUGUAAGAAUUAUUUUUUGCUCAAAGUUACUCUGUUAUACGCUGCUGUUUAGUUAACAGAGAAGUGUCACUUGCUUGGAAAACCCUAGUAAAGUACCAUCCAUUGAAAAACAAUGCUUUUUACAGAAUUACUAUGUAGCUACAAGACUAAAAUACAAGGUAGGUAGCUUACCACAUUGAAGUGUGAUUUCAAUUUCUUAAAUUUAUUGCUAGACUUAAUUUUCUGUAAUUGCCGAUCCUGGAAAGAAGUCAUUGUGUGGGGUUUUGUAUAUAUGAGUACCUUUUGUGAUAUUAGCAGUUUUUCCAUACUAGUGACACUGCUUGAAGCACCUGACUAGAUGCUUUCUGAAAGUUUAUAUGCAAUCUUGAGAUUGAGUGUACGUAGUUAGUUUUGUCUGAGAGCCAUACAGAGAAAUUUAAAAGAUUAAACAUGCCUGUGAUGUAGAUAAGAACAAAUCAAAUGCAUAAAAAGGAAUUGCAUCUAUCAAAUGUUCCAUUUAUUUAUGGAGGGUGUGUUAUGUUUUUUUUUUUUUUUUUUUUUGAGCUGAAGUUCUACUCUUAUGUUGAUUUUUGUUAUUAAUUUGAAGAAGUGUUGUAUAUCUUGAAUGUAUGUACUAGAGCAGGCACUUGUGUAAUUACAGUUGUGAGGGAUGCAGGACAAAUUUCAUGUUCUGGACUAGGUACUUGGAUGUAAAUUUUCAGUCAAACUGGCAAGAAGCUGAUGUGGAGAAUGCUCUUCAAGUGUUUCAAGUUUUCUGUUUGUUUUGUUGAAAUAGGUUAUUUAUAUGUACUGUACUUUUUUUCAGGAUUCAUAACUUACCCCAUAUUCAUUUCUGUUGCAUUAAAGUAAGUUUAUUUGGCAUAAUCAAUAUCUGGUAGUCAGUUAACAUAAAGACUAAAUCGAUUGUGUAACAAUGAUGUAAGUUGCAGUGUUGUGCCUUACAUUAUCCUUUUAAAUCUUACUUAACAGCUUGGAAGUUUUCAGGGUGUCAAGCUGUAUGACUUAAAGUCCCUAAGUCUCAUGGUCUUUUACUAUUUAUUAUAGAUAUACUCUAGUCAUGUUUAUAUAAGAAAGCUUAGGCUUGUUUCUAUUUAUUUUUUUUUAAGAAUUGUAAAAGGGACAUUUUGUUAGAUUAGUUAAUUUGGUAAUUGGAUGCUGUAUCAUUUAAAGUUUCAUUCAUAUUAUUAACAAUUUUGAAUUUUUCAGGUAUUGUCAGUGCUGUUAUAAAUUAAUAGUUGGAACACUGUAAAUGUUUUGUAGAAUUCUAGUUAGUUUAUAAAACAUUGAAACCACAAAAUGUCCUCUUGACUGUUUAUUGGUUACUUGAAUUUGAAAGGAUGUGGGUAUUGUAUUUUGGGUUUUAUGGGGGACAAAAGGAAUGGAAUUUUUUUGAUAUCCUGGUUUUUUUAUUGAUUUUAUGGGACAUAAUUUGAGAACAAAUUAGCCUCAAGAUUGAUGAUAUAUGCCUAGACUAGUUUGUGGAAUAUUUUUCUUAGAAUUUUCUUGCUGAACCUGUCGCUGAAAAAGUAUCAAGAAUGGCUGAAUUGGUUCUGUGACCUCUACUGCUUUGUGCACGCUGAUGUAUUGUAACGACAAUGCAGAUUUCAUAUGUAUAACAAUCCUUGGCCACAAUAUUCUUGUGCAUGAUAUGGGUAUUAUUUUGGAAUGACUGAAGAUGCUGAAGAGAGUUCCAUCUUUUAAAGUAACAGCCAUGUAUUUGUUUGGAUAUUAUAUUUUCAAAAGCUCUUUAUUUGGUAGUGCAUUUAACUUGAAUUGUAGUUAUUAGAUUCACAGUGUUGAUAAGUUAUUGGGAGACUGAAAUGAUGACAGAACAGGUGACUGGCAGAUAUUUGUCAUUAUGGAUGGUUACCAAUAUUUGGGAUUAAGCAAAAGGCCUCCCACAAUCACUUCUUCCUCCUGUUGUGCCUUGAAGUUAACAGAUAUAAUUUUCUUUAACUUAAAACCGUUAUAUUAUUUUUCCCCUCUAGGUUUUUGUCAGACUGGCUUUUACCUUUUAGUCAUGUCGUUGUGAUAUACGUACUUCAAAAGUGUUCUAACUCUAAAGAAGUCUAAUAAUUUAGUGAUGGUUUUAUGAUUGGGCAGUGUGGAUUUGCUUUAGUUAUUGUUUUGUUGAAUUUUUAGGAAGCUUUUGUCAUCAGUCAAGAAGGUAUGUAAUGUCCUUUGGUGUUGAAGUAUUUAGUAAUUUGUAAAAGGGAUUAGACAUUAUUCCUUUGUUAAAGGGAUUAGAAAUUAUUCAUUUGUUAUUAAAAGUAUAACAGUGUUUUUUUUAUUGACAAUUUUAUAUUUACUCGUAAGAGCACAAAGAUCUCUUAUAAUAGCAUUUGAUACUCUAUUGCUGGCCUGUAUUGUACAGUAUAGAUGUAUCAGUAUAGAUUUUUUAUGUACAUAGUGACUUAGCAUUUAUGCAUUUCAAUUUUCAGGUCACAGCAGCAUUUGCUCAUCAUUUAUGUGAAAGUUUUUCUUUUAGCUUUUGAUGGUCAGUCUUGUCAUUAUUUCUUGUGCUUCAGUAGCUUGCAUUUAUGCAUUGGCAGCUGAUUGCUUAAGAGCAUGUAGAAACCCAGUCAUUACCUUUAUCUUGCAUAUCUUAAUAUGAUUUGAGAGACUGCAAGCUGCAGGUAGCUCAAAUAGGAUUGUGAUUGGCAGCAAUUAUCUGAGAAGAAAGUAAAUUAACAUUCAAGAUGGUAACUGAGGAGAUUAAGUUGACAAAAUUGUAGCCAUCUAUGCAGUGCAGGAUACAGGCAAUGCUGGGAAUUUCCAUUUUUUGUAGACCUCCUCAAGUAAUUUAGUGUGUUGUCCUUUCCACAUCUUGUAUGAGGUUGCCCAUUGUAUUUUGAUAGUUCACUGUGGAAUGUUCACACAUGCACAUGCUGUCAAAUAGUUGCACCUAUCAUCAGCAUUUUGUAGGUUGGGGUAAUACACCUAUGGAAAGAGGAAAGGAAAACAUUAAAAGGACAAUAUUUUUUUCUUGUAGAUCUCUGUAAUUAUUUGAUGCAUGAAAGUCUCUCAUUUACCAUUUUCAGUGCUCUAUAGCAGUUCAUACCCAUGCAGGGGACUGUAGUCUUUUCAUAGACAAACAGAAAAGAAAUUAAAAAAGCAUUUUAGUCUUGACAUGGGAAGGUAUUCUACAACUGACUUGUAAUAUUGAACUAGUAGCACCUCAGGAAAGUGACAUCAUAUUGAUUGCCUUGACAAUAAAAGAAAAAAUGUAGACAUUGUGUUCAUAGUAAGUUUAGGGGAUGGAAAAUGUUGAUUACUAGGUAAUUUGAAGAAACUGUUUACCUUUGUGAGGUGAUUUUCAAAUGUUAAUGAAGAGGAAUAAUCUCCAAAAUCUUAACUUGAUGAAAAUUUGAAUCUUGAUUAUUUUUUCUUUACCUUGAUUAUAGGAACUGUAAUUCCCACAUUUUUUUUCUCUCCAAAGAGUGAUGGAAUGAGUGGAACCAAUUCAUGAGAGAGUUUGUGCCAUUGUGCUAAUGACAGGGAAGAGAAGAAUGUAUCUGGUAUUUUUACCGUGGUUGAAAAAGUCUCCAUAGGACAUUAUUCAAAUUGAAGGGGGUGCAUGUUACUGUGUGGUAUUCGUGGUACUGUACGUAUUAAGUUAUUGAUUAGUUUCCACAUUGUUGUAUAUUAAAGAUCUCACUGCAGUUAUAAAAGAUUGAUUGAUAAACAGUCUCCUUCAAUGAGGGAAGAUUCAUUUUUUGAGCUGAAUGAGUUAUUUGACUUUUGCCACUGUAGAUUAUGUAAUGUGAACUUGUACUACUUCAAAUGCAACAUCCUUUUCAGGAAAUUUUGCUGGAGAUAAUGGAAUUUCAAAAUUAUUAUUUUGAUGAGAAAAACUUGAGGAAACUUAGCCAGAAAUCCUGGAGAAAGGCUAUAAAUGGCCUGUUAUGAAUUUAAACAGAAGGUUAGAACCUGUUUCCUUUCCAAGCCUAUAAGGGAAAAUUCCCAUUUUUUUUUUUUUUUUUCCCCUCCUCCUCCUCCUCCUCCUCCUCCUCCCUUCCCCUCAAAGUUGAGGAAAUGCAGCACUAAUUCAGCAUGGUAUUGAUACAGGCAGUCCCUGGGUUACGACGGGCUCCGCUUAAGACAUUCCGAGGUUAAGGCGCUUUUCAAUUAUAUUCAUCAAAAAUUAUUUCCAGGGUUACAACACCUACAACGCUGAUCUGGUUCAAGAAAUACACCAAAUAUGCAAAAUAAUCAAUAAUUGAAGGUUUUUUGGAUGAAAAAUGCAAUAAGAAUGCAGUUUACGUAGUUUUGAAUGCACCCAAAGCAUUAAAAGUAAGGUUUUCUUUGGAUUUUUGAUGAUUCGGCUUACGACGAUUUUCGGGUUACAGCGCGUCUCAAGAACAGAACCCCGUCAUAACCCAGGGACUGCCUGUAUUUGAUUUUACCCAGGUAACCUCCCCUCAGCUGCAUAAUUCAGAUUGCCAUUAGUCAAGAGGUUUGUCUGCUAGUAAUUUUCAGUAAAUUUCUAAAAUGAAAAUUGAAUGGGGGUGAUAUAUAGGUGCAAUUUGGUUUAUUGAUUAUGCUUUAUUCAAGAGACAGAUUGUGAUUUCCUCAUGAUAUUUUGCCCUCAUGUAGUAGUGAAUUUUAGGCAACAUACUAAUUCUGAUGGGGGUACUAACCUUAUUUUCAGUGUAAGUAAUUAGUGUAAUCCUCAGCAAUGAAAGUAUAAAUUUUUAAUUCAAAUUGGAAAUGAGAUUGGAGAAAUCUUUCUCAAUUCCAGAAAUUUUUACAAUAAUUUCUAACAUACCAAAAUUGUUGCAAGUACUUUUGUCAGUUUCCAACAUUAAAAGGCAUUCUUGCUGGAGGCAAAGAUUUUUUAUUUAAUAAAAUCAUGUUCGUAAGUAAAGCAGGUUUGCUAACUACUACUACUACUACUUCUUAGGAUUAAUUCCUUAGGGUCAGAGGUCUGGAUAAACUAAUCCUUUAUAAUACUAUAAUAAUAAUAAUAAUUUUUGUCAGUUCAGAAAUCAUAAAAGAGGUGUGCCCUUGACAACACGCAUCAUGAAAUUUGAUUGUUGUUAGUGUCAACAGUGGCUAAGUUAGCUAAGCUAAUAAGCAUUUGUUGUGAAUGUGUAUUAGUAAUGGGAUUUCAAGUUAAGUAAUUUGAGCUUAAAUACUAUAUGGACUCCUGGUGGAGGAAAUGUGUUUAUGCCUUAGGGCCAAGACUUAAGUACUGUACUACUAUAACUCUAGCCAGCUCUCACGGGACACAUUUAAGAACAUUUGAAUUCCUAUUUUUCAUUUCAAGAAAUGAAAAUUUUAUUGUCGCCAUAUACAGGGGUUAGUACAAAUACAUCCCUCUGAAGACAAUUAAAAGUAAAGUGAUGUGAGAGAUAUCUGUAUCUUUGUACUACACAUAUAUAAAAAGGUGUAUUAAGGAUUAAAAUGUUAGAAUUUUUCUCUAUAUACAACACAUUUGAACCUUUUUAUUAAGAACAUUAAGAUAGCUUGGGUUUUGACUAAUCAGCCCAGAACUCUACUGGGAAUCACCCCAUUAACUAUUAACUAAGGAAAAAAAAGUAAUUUGAACUUAUUUUUUUAUAACUAUGUCCAAGAAUAUUAUUGGAGAGAGAAGAAAAAAAGAUUGUACAAGCAACAUUACUUUCAGCCACAGAAUUAGGAGUAUGGGUUAAGGUUGCCUCCUUUGUUGGAUAUUUCAAAUUAGGCGAGUUUGUUGUAUGAAAAGAGAGAGAGAAAAAAAAGUAAAGUGCAUUGUAGACUCAAGGUAGGUUACAUGGAACUACAGCUUGGUACACUUGUAAUUUAGGUCUCUUGAAAUGUAAACCUUUUCUUUACUGAAUCAGUGGAAUUUUUGGUAGCUGCUUAAGAAUGAAAACUACAAAAUUAAUUCAUUUCUGGCAAAAAGCAGUUGCCAGGAUUUGAAUCAUAUGUUUUAACAGAACAAACAACAAACAUGAAAGUACUUUAAUCAAAUAAAAACACUUCCUCAAUGAGGAUGGAUGAUACCAAAGAACUAGUUACUUAUAGAGACUAAAAUGACCGUUCACCUUACAAAAGAUAAGUCCUGGUUAAAUUGAGGCUUUUCACGGUGCGUAAUUAUAUGUCAAAUAUGACCUUAUUAUAUUUCUAUGUAUACAGCAUGUAUUUUUCAUUUUAUAGGGUAAGUUAAUGCUGUCAAUUGUUUAAAUGAGCAGUAUGUCAAAAGCAUAUUUGGGAUAGUUGAGAAAGCUGUGGUAGUUUUCACCUGGGUUUAGUAAUAUAUGUGAUGAUCAUUAUUUAGGCUAAAGAAACAUUUUUACCUCUGUUGUAGUUACAGCUCUUGGUUAUCACUUCCAAAUACUCAUGACUACGUUGUCGGUUGUUGUUUAUGGGCAACUAGUGAUGAAUCUGUGGCAGAUAUCUUGUUCAUAAAGCUGGAGAUGGCAUAUUAUUUUUGGUGGCAGAUAGGAUGGGAAACUUGAUGUCUGUUUUAGUCCAGCCCUCAAGAACUCUUCACAAAAACUCUCAAGAGGUUAUAUCUCAGGAAUUAAAGAAAAAAUUCGUUGAUAAUGAAGUUAUUCAGAUUUGUGAUUGUUUGCCGUCAAGUAAUGUUAACAUAUCCACUGUGUACUGGUUUUCUUACAGAUUUGUUAAUAUUUUGAGAUUCUUGGAUUAUUUUAUUGUGAAUCAUUAGGAAAUGUUCAUUUCAUAUCAAAGCAUAUCCAUGCACACUGUUGACUGAAGCAUUACUACUUAAGUUUCACUUUAUUAAUGAAUCAUUGUUUAUUAUAUGCUUUACCUUCUCACUGAAAAGUUUGCAAGAGUGAAGUUAGCAGUAAAGGUAUGUUCAAUGACUUCUACUAAUCUGAUAGGUCUUUCUGCACAUGAUCUCAGAUUUCUUGUUGGUAUGGAUGCAGCCUUCAAAAAAAAAAUUUUGUUUUCAGGAAGUGGCCUACAAAGUCUUUCCUGUUUGAAAAUUAACUUACUUAUAAAUAUUUAGUCUUUGCUGUUAGAUUUGUUGAAAUGAUACUGAUUUUGAUGUUAUAUCAGACAUUUUUAUUUCUUUUCACAGAAUUUUAUUUAGCACUUUAUUAAUUCUACUUGUCAUUUUCAAAAUGAUUUGGCAGUGUAUUGAACACUUUUUUUUCUUUAUUUUCCUUGCUAAUUUUUAUUUCAGUGCAUAGCAAGCUUGUUCUCUGGGGAUAUGUCAAGGGCUUUUUGUUGGUAAUUAUCUGUGUGGCUGAGCUAGAGUACUUGUAUGUAAUUUACUUGGCGUCCGCGAUGUUCUCAAACAAUUUUAUUGUAGAUAUUGCAAACGAAUGUUGAGGAGUCAAGAUAAUUUUUCAUUUUUUACUUCAAGUGUCCUAUUGAUAGACUAAUAGUAUAAUCAAAAUCUAGUAGUGAUUACUAAUAUGUAAUACUGAAGGUACUCAAGAGAUUUUGACAGAUGAGUAAAAACAAGGAACUCUUGAGACUUCAUCUUCAUGAAGAGGAAAUGGUUACAGGUAGUGGCAUAAAAUACAUACUGUGUGUUACUCAAUUAUGCCUAUGAUAUUGUUUAUUCAUAACACUUCUAUUUUAGCACAUUCCUUCAGGUUUUAAAUUAGCUCAUUCUCUUUAGGUUUUAAAAGACAGGUAAACUUUGAUUUGUUCUGAAAUAUUGUGCUCUCUUAGGUGAAUCUGGUCUCAACUGUCUUGGUUCAGGGUACUACAUACAGUAUAUCUAGGAGUUUAGUUUUUAAUAAAUUAAAUUGGAAGGUAAACCCCACAGAACUAAGAAAUGUCCCUCUUUCCUUGUGUAACAAUUCGUCACAGUGCCUUUUUAGAGGAGAUUAUACAAUAGAAUUCCUAUUUUCCUGAGGGUGAGGAGACCAGGUAAUUUCCCUUGUUUUGCUCUUUUGUCAGAGUCUGUGAAUGAGAAAUUCCUUGUAGUUUAUAGACAAAGUCAUCCUCAUUUUAUAAAAAGAAUUGGUCAGUGGUUUGUCAAGUUGAAAAAGUGUAGAUGUAGUGAAAGUUAAUAACAGGCAUGAUUGAAUAUGAUUUUACAGAGGAACGGCACAUACGCACACACAGUACUUUGUACCUCGCUAACUUGUCUCCCUGUUUUAUGAGGGUGAUAUAUUAAAUUUGUUAAUUUUCAUAAUUUGUUUCUGUGGAUGACAUCAAUCUACAGUUGUCAUAUACAUACUAUUCUAAUCCUUGACAUGACAGGUAAAUGCACAAAUUUUUUUUCAAGUCAAGAUUUAGGGUUAAGCCUUACAAAGUGGAUUUAGGGAAAAUUGAUAUAAUAGAAAACACAGGCAUUAAAAGUUUGUACAUAUGUCAUAGGAUUAAUUAUUGAUAGUCACACAUUGGUAUUAUUUAUAUAAUUUUAUAAGUUAUAUAUGUUUAAUUCGUUUUAUUUUGUGUAAUAAAGUAUUUUGCUUUU